UCUCUCUCUCUCUUUUCUUUUCUUUUCUUUUUCUUUUUAUUUAUCCGUAUAAUAAUUAUCUUAUCCUAUCCGUAUAGAAAUAUUUUCUUCAUAGAAGAAAUAAAAUCAUUUCCCCCUCCCUCUUGUUUCCGUCUCUGCUGCGGUGGAGCCAGCCAUAUGCGAGCGCUGUCUCGCGUAGGCGAGCCCGUGCGCUGGUUGGCGUCGCGCGCGCGGCCGCGGCGGGGGAUGGGGUCGUCGGCGGCGGCGGGCGGCAGGAGGGAUCCCGGCGAGAACCCGAAGGUGGGGAGGCUGCGGGAGCUCUUCACCGGCGACGCGGCAGAUGGGUGGGAGAAGUCCUGGGAGUUUGGUGUGACCCCGUGGGAUUUGGGAAAGCCAACACCAGUCAUAGAACAUCUUGUUAGAUCAGGGACACUCCCGAAAGGAAGAGCUUUGGUUCCUGGAUGUGGAAUGGGAUACGAUGUGGUUGCUCUGGCAUGCCCUGAACGAUUUGUUGUCGGUUUGGACGUUUCUGAUUUGGCUAUUAAGAAGGCUAAGCAGUGGUCAUCCUCUUUGCCCAAUGCAGAUUAUUUUACUUUUCUGGCUGAAGAUUUCUUCAAGUGGAUACCAAGCGAACAAUUCGACCUUAUAUUUGAUUACACGUUCUUUUGUGCACUUGACCCGAGCUUGAGGGUGGCUUGGGCAGAGACAGUUAAUCGGCUUCUAAAACCUGAUGGAGAGCUUCUCACUUUGAUUUAUCUGAUAAGUGAUCAAGAGGGAGGACCACCAUACAACAAUACAGUUGCUGACUAUCAGAAGGUACUGGAACCGUUGGGAUUCAGGGCUGUUCUUAUGGAAGACAAUGAGCUAGCCAUUAAACCACGGAAGGGCUGCGAGAAGCUUGGGAGGUGGAAGAGAUGUGCACACCAAUCAUCUCUGUGAGAAAGCAGCAGCAUUUUCCUAUGUAAAUAAAGAAAGAAAGAAUUCAUGAAGAGAAGUCCAACUUCUUAGAUUUCUUAGACCGUGUGACUUGCUUUUGUCAUCUGUACCGAGUUUCAAUCCUGAAACAUGUAUGCGUGCUGCCCAAGAAGCUCGAGUAGAGCGUUAUUUAGCCUCAAGAAAGGACCAAAAUGUUCCAGAGUUAUUGGUUUCGAGAUAGAAUUGCAGUUCUUAUUAGCACUUAAAAAACAAAAAAAAAGAAGAAAUAGGACAAGAGAUGUCAGCUGAAAA